GUCAGAAAUGUGGGAUGGCUUGAGCUUGACUAUCCACUUCCGGUCGAAGAAACUGUUAGCUUCCCUUUUCUAUCAAAAGGAACACAAACAGAACAGCUCAAUCAUGGGCGAAAGAGCUGCGUUCACAGACAAAUUCAGCUCCUAUACCAUGUUGCAGUUAAAUGAAUUGCUGGAGAACGACGAGAAGCUUAUCAAAAUUGUCACUGAAAUGGACGAGAUGCUGGAGGUCCAGCAGAGCAAGGAGAUGACGCUGGCCAGCAACCGCAGCCUGGCUGAACUGAACCUGAUGCUUCAGCCGGAUCUUGAUCACCAGAAGAACCAGCUCACCAAACACUACCGCCACUUACAGGAGCUCUACGAGGCCUAUCAACUACGCAAGUCUACACUAGAUCAUAAUUCAGGAAACAGCUCUCUGGAUACUCUGCUGGCUCUGCUUCAGACUGAGGGGGCCAUGAUUGAGGAAGAAACUGAGAACAUGGCGGACUGUUUCCUGGACGGCGAAUUGCCCCUGGACUCGUUCAUCGACGACUACCAGAGCAAGAGAAAGCUGGCACACCUGCGGCGCGUAAAGAUCGACAAGCUGCGGGAGGUAGUCCUGAAGGGCCCCCCUACUUUAGCUCAGAGCUCCGCCACACACACCCCCACACAGCCACUGCCUCAGGAACCCACCUCCCCUUCGCCCUUCCUCGGUUACACCAAUGGUUCCCCCAUACUCCUCCCCAGUCGACACCAGCCCACUCCUCCACCAGCCCAGUCAGGCCCCCUGCCGUACCCGCUGGCGCCGUACCCAAUGCCCGGGCCCAUGCCAAGCUACCCCAGCCCCAUGUUCCAGCAGUACCCACCAGCACUCCCACAACGGCCCACUCCAGGCUUGCCGCCAAGGACUGGCUUUAUGAUGCAGUGAUGUGGAGGAUGGGUUUGUCCUCGUCUAACCCUGUAUUUCAGAAAUACAUACAGAAGCAUACGUCAGGAAGCACUUUGAUUGAAUAUAUUAUGUACUAUUCUUGGGGAGGUGGGAGGGUGGUGGUGUUUUAAUGGGGUCAUCACUACAAAGAUGUUUUCUUUUCAUCUAGCUAGCCAUCUAUCCUGUCAGUGAUGAAGGCGUAGAUUUCAUUGGAUAAGGUUGGAUCUGAUCUUCAGCCUUCAUAUUAUGGAAGAAAAAGGAUGCACCCUUUAACAGGAAUAUCUUGAUCAUUUUGAUCUUAAUGCAAUGCUAGCAGCAUGAAAAAGAAGGGAGAUGUACAGUUGUUUUUGUUCUCUUAAAAUAACUCCAAUGAUGACUGAAAUUGACUGACUUGAAAUUGGUGGCUUGGUGUUGCUCCUGCAGUUGUGUGGACUUGUUCAUAUGCAAACUAAACUCUUAAACUGUGUUCCUUCCUAUUCACACAGAGAAACUGUGUUUCCUCUAGCCACUUUGUACACUUUUUUCUUUACUCUAAGGGUGAAUUAUUUACUAGUAGCUUUGCCUCCAUUUGUUUUUAGUUUAGUUUUUAUGUCAUACAACCAUAAGAAAUCUAGAAACAGCCUAGAUUUAACUGGACUUGAAAUGAAGGUGCUCAAUGAAUCAUCCUAGGUUCAUUGGAUAAUUAUAUAUCAUGUUUUUUUUUUUUACAUAGGAACAGUGAUUUUGCCUCUGAUGGUGUGAAGACGCAUCACAGCAAUAUUAUAGCUCAGUGAAUAUAUAUCUACUAAAUGUAAUCAGCUAGCAGACACUCAUCAGUCUUUGGCAUCUUCACACACCUACCUGGACAGCUGUUAACAAUGAGAUGUCUAUCCUAAUUGUUCUGUUUGAGUUGAAGACUUUUACAUCAGAUUCUGAAAUCAAUUACAUAUAGGCCCUGAACCACUGGAGUGGUUAUAAAAAUGUUUACUGUCAGAAAAUAAUUUAAAAUUGAAAUUGAAACAAUACCUUCUAAGUUGCUUCAAGUUAAAAAGAUACAAUCACAAGUAGGUGAAACACAAUGAUGUGCCUUGUAGUUCAGUUAAAGAGUGAUGAAUAAUUACAAGAGCGAUCUGUAAAAUUGUGUGCCCAUUUUGUAUUUCUGUUGAAGAGAAAUGCUGGUGCUUUUCAGUGACAGGAACACUUUAUUUGAGGGGAAAUGGGGCAACCCAAGCCCCAGUAGAGGUUAUCAAGUCAAAUAAUAUAAAGCCUUCUAAAGCUUGUUUCAUCGUGUAACAUAGUUCCUCUGCACUCCUACGUGAAGACUAUUAUAAUGAAGUGAAGAGAGGUGGUGGACUGUGCAGGUUGCCUAUUUUUAAUGCUAACCAAUAAAAAACAUUUUAUAAAA